GUCAGUAUCUUAAUCUUGCCUUUAUCACAAAAGGAGCUAGACUCAAGCUGCUUCUCAAAUUGGCGAAACCGUACUGUAGAUGUGUUGCGUGAAUCCAAUGUUUGUUUUCUUUUCCAGUCCGAAAACGCCCCAGUCAAAGUAACUGUUGACAUAACAGGCCUAAAGCCAGGAAAGCAUGGAUUUCAUGUGCAUGCCUACGGAGAUACCACUAAUGGCUGUAUCUCUGCCGGCGCUCAUUUCAACCCAACUAAUGUAGAUCACGGAGCACCCACAGAUAAGAUUCGUCACGUGGGUGACUUGGGCAAUGUCGAGGCAGACCAAAGCGGGAAAGCUCACGCUGAGUUCACUGACAAUAUUAUUUCGCUAUCCGGUGUCAAUUCUAUCGUCGGAAGAGCUAUGGUGGUACAUGAGAAUGAAGAUGAUCUUGGUCGUGGUGGACACGAACAGAGUAAAACUACCGGUAACGCUGGCGGACGUUUGGCUUGUGGGGUUAUCGGUUUAACGGACUGA